AGUCGGGCGCCGGCCUUUGGCAGCGCCGGUCGCGCCCAUGGAUCGCGCAAGGUAAAGGGCAUGCGGCCCGCGCUCGCGGCGCUCGCGGCCUGCUGCGUGGUGGCGCGCGCCGAGCUGCCUAACGCUCGUUUGGCCGUGCGCAACACCACCAUCCACCACGUGCUCCAAUGCUCGGAUGGACUCGUUCUCCCAGCAUGGCGCCCCCUUGAAGAUGUCCCUAACCUUGAAAUCGCUUUCCGUGGCUUCAUUUACUUCCUGGUUCUUAUGUACCUCUUUAUUGGUGUAUCCAUCGUUUCCGACAGAUUUAUGGCAGCCAUUGAGGUUAUUACAUCUAGAGAAAAAGAGGUGCGCGUGCGACGAAAUGGCGCUGAGCAAAUUGUUGUCGUUCGAGUUUGGAAUGAGACGGUUGCGAAUUUAACAUUAAUGGCUUUAGGAUCAAGUGCGCCUGAAAUAUUACUCUCAGUCAUAGAAAUAGCUGGAAAAAAUUUUGAAGCUGGAGAUCUCGGACCGGGUACCAUUGUAGGAUCAGCUGCUUACAAUUUGUUUGUGAUUAUAGCCAUUUGUGUUAUGGUGAUUCCAGAUGGGGAAGUACGAAAAAUAAAGCAUUUGAGAGUCUUUCUUGUCACAGCUACUUGGUCAAUAUUUGCGUAUGUGUGGCUUUAUCUUAUUUUAGCAGUAAUAUCACCUAGUGAAGUGGAAGUUUGGGAAGGAGCUGUUACAUUUCUAUUUUUUCCUGCCACAGUUAUGACCGCAUAUAUAGCAGACCGAAGGCUUUUGGUCUACAAAUAUCUUAAAAAAGGUUAUCGUGUUAAUGAAAGAGGGGUUAUUGUCGAGGUAGAAGGUGAUGGCUCCGUUGAAAUGGCUUUAAAGCCAAACGAUGAUGGAACUGAAGAUGACGAAUUGGAAAAAUCACGAAGAGAAUAUAUACAGGUCUUACGUGAGUUAAGGAGACAAAAUCCCGAGGAAGACCUAGAAACUGUUGAGAGAAUGGCUUUAGAGACUUUGAUGGCACGUGGACCGAAAUCUCGUGCUUUUUAUCGAGUAUCAGCAACACGCAUGAUGACAGGUGGCGGAGACUUUUCCCGAAAAAUAUCUGAAAGAGCGCAAAGUGACUUAAGCGAAGUUAAAGCAGAAUUACAACGGCGAGAAUCAACAUCUACUGGAUCUGAGAUUAAAGGACCAAAUGUUCGUUUUGAUCCUGAUCAUUAUACUGUAAUGGAAAAUUGCGGUUCAUUUGAAGUGAGAGUGGUAAGAAGAGGCGAUUUAAAUGGAGAGGUCACUGUACAAUACUGUACCGAGGAUGGGACUGCUGAGGCCGGAUCCGAUUAUAUAGCAACACAGGGGUGUCUCGUUUUCGGUCCUGGUGAGGCAGAGAAAAAAUUUAGCGUGCAAGUAAUCGAUGACGAUGUAUUUGAAGAAGACGAACAUUUUACUGUUCGUUUAAGUUCUGCUAAAGGCGCUUGUUUGGCCUCACCAUCUACCGCCACUGUUGUUAUAUUAGAUGACGAUCAUUCCGGUGUGUUCUCAUUCCCCCAAAGGGAUUUCGAGUUGACGGAAUCUGUAGGAACAUAUGAAUUGAAAGUAGCAAGGACGGCAGGUGCUCGAGGCAAGGUACGAAUACCAUAUUGGACCGAAGAUGGAACAGCGAAGAGUGGUGCACAAUUUGAAGCAGUGCAAGAUCACAUUGUCUUCGAGAACAACGAAACUGAGAAAUUUAUUCCACUCCAUAUAAUAGAAGAGGAUAGCUACGAGAAAGACGUCCUGUUUUACGUCAACCUUGGAAAUCCGGAGUCUGUAGGGGAUAACAAUCGACCGAUUAUACCUGGUAAUGAAGCGGUGCACCUGACAACCCUGCCGGAGGAUGAGGCUGUGGUAGCCAUGAUGGGCUUCCCCCGAGCUGGUGAAAUCACACGCGCACAGCUCAGGAUAAAAGAAAGCAAAGAAUUUAAGAACACAGUAGAUAAGUUAGUGCAAAGAGCGAAUGCAUCGAUCAUAAUCGGAACGUCUUCGUGGAAGGAACAAUUCUCGGAAGCCUUGACAGCGAGCUCAGAUAAUCCCGAUGAACCUCCCUCAACAUUUGACUACAUACUGCACGUGUUUACGCUCUUCUGGAAGAUUAUAUUCGCUUUCGUACCGCCCACAGACAUCGGCGGAGGUUACGUCUGCUUCGUAGUGUCAAUUAUAUGUAUUGGAGUCGUCACAGCGGUGAUCGGUGAUGUUGCGUCUCACUUCGGCUGUACUCUUGGCAUCAAGGAUUCGGUCACAGCCAUCCUUUUCGUAGCUCUAGGGACAAGUAUUCCAGAUACUUUUGCGAGUAAAGUAGCAGCCAUUCAAGAUAAGCACGCGGACGCGUCUGUUGGCAAUGUCACUGGCUCGAAUGCAGUUAACGUUUUCCUGGGCAUCGGAGUUGCAUGGACUGUAGCUGCUGUGGUCCAUUGGAGUAAAAAUGAAAAAUUCAUUGUAGAUCCCGGAAAUCUAGCCUUCAGUGUCACCAUGUUUUGCUCGGAAGCAGCGCUUGCUGUUCUGGUAUUGGUGUUGCGGAGAAGAAAAUCAAUUGGCGGAGAAUUGGGAGGUCCAAAAAUUACCAAAAUUAUAACCUCUAUGUUCUUUUUCUCUUUGUGGUUGACUUAUCUUACAAUGUCGACCCUCGAAGCUUACGGCUACAUCAAAGGAUUCUAGCUCUUUUUGUCAUUGUAGUUUACAUUCAGAUCAAAUGACUAUGACAUUUAUAUAUAUACUUAUAAGUAUUUCAACUUCAAUAUUUAUAAGUGUGUGUAGUGAUAAAAUAAACAACUUUAAAAACAUAUAAAAUUUUAUCUAAACGUAGGCUCGCUAUCAAUCUUAUAUAACAAGCUAAAAUUGUUUAGACACUCGCAAAAUUCUUAAUGCACUAUUAAAAAAAAAAUCCUCAUUUGAUCUGAAUUGAAAUAAUGUUGUCCUUUGACCUGUAUGUUAGCAUAGAAUUUAAUAUAUUUUAGAUUCUAGACGUUUCUAGCAGUUGAAGUGAUGUGCUCAAAUGUACAGGUUUAAAAAUCCAUUGUAUUUCCUCCUUCAUCUAAAUGUUUCUUCUGGUUCUGAUAAAUUAAGCCUUGACGGCUGUGGUCUAAUUACCAUAUAUACUAUGUGUUAUGUGUGUGUUAUAAAUAAUAUAGCAUAUAUAGCGGUAGUUCAUUUUAGAGGAAUUUAUUAUAUAUGUCGCUGUAUAUUUAAUUGUCUUAAUGGACUUAGAGUAAAUUUCAAAUAUAUAUAUAUAAAAAUCAAGAAAACCGUUUAAAAUUAAUUAAAAUACGAUUUUGAGUCUUCGAACCGGCAAUAUAUUCAAAAAUAGAACAAAAAAAUCAUCACUCGUUCUUAAAAUAACAUCGUUAUAAGUGAUGAAGACAAAUUUGUCGAUAGAUUUAGUCAUCCUAGUGUGAAAUGAUGUUUACAGUGACUUAGUUUUUAUGUAAAUGUAUUAAAAUAAUGAUUUAUUUAUUAAAUUUAAGUGUAACAACAAAGAGAUUUUUAUAACAUUACUUAAAAAAUUAUUGGUGGUGUUCAUUUACAUAUAAAUAUUUAUUAUACAUUAUAAAUCUAAUAAAAAAAAAUUUUACUCUUGUAAUAUAAAAUGUCUGGUAGAAAUCUAACAUUGUUCUAUCUUCUCUGUAUAUCUCAACUGCCUUUGUAAUAGCUAGUGAUUAAUAUCUGCAUAUAUAACGAAAGAAAAUGACGCUUUAAAUAUAGGAAAGUAGAGAAACAUAUAUGACACUGGCACUAAAAGAUCAGUGUUAGGUCAGCACACGGAUUAGUGAAAGAUUAGACGUCUAGUUAAAAUAUAUCCUAUGAUUUUUUUUUUUUUUUAAUAAAAAUCGUUUCAACAAUAUCGAAAAAGUAUAUAUAUGUCUUUAAUAUUAACUUCGUAGAUUAUAUUCAUAAUGAUAUUUUACUUCAAAUGUCUUGAUAAAAGUAUCAAAAACAGACAUUCAGUAUUUCUUAACCCGAUGUCGAUAACUUUUGAUGUUAGUUCAACAAAACACUUGCUGUUUUUAUCAGUCUAGACGACGUGAAUAAAAUUCUUAUAGUUAUAAAAUUAAAAUAAUCUUCCUUACAAUUAAACUUUACGCAGUGAUGAAAAUUUAAUCUUUAUUUUGCAAGUAAUAAUAAAAAAUAAUGUCAUAAAUAUUGGGAACUUUUUAUAGUAAAUAUUUAGAGAAUAUAUAUAUUUAUAUAUAUAUAUGUAUCACGGAUUUAUAUAAAACAUUUCAUUUGUCCGGACCAAAAUUAUUUUCGAAUUUAUUUACAUUAGUAUUUGCUAUCUCUUUCUAUCUCUGUCACUAAUAUUUCGAACAUUUUUAAAGACAUAGCGAAUAAAAGUAAUAUUUAUCGAAUAAUAGAUAUCUGAAUAUAAUUAUUAUAAAAAAAUAUAUCAAUGUAAUUUAAAUAUACUUAUCGUUUUUAUCAAUAAAAAAUAUAGGUUUACAAAUUAAUAACGAUAUGAUAAAAUUUUCUUUUAUGUCGUAUAUCUUAUUUGAUUUUCAUGUCAUGCUAUUGAUAAAUGUGAACGCAAAAGUUAAUGAAAAAGAAGAUUUUUUGGUUAUAUAUUUAUUAUAAUAAGGUAAACACUGAAUUUGGUUCAAGCUCUCCUUCAUUAGACGCUGGGAAAUUCACUUGAUGGGUCUCAUUUCAUCAUUCAUUGCCGUCCGCAUAUUUACUUAGGAAAUAAUUACAGAUACAUCGAAUUAAAUAUAAAUAAUAUUAGUUUCAUUAUCAGUUUAUUUACAACAUAAAUAGCGCAUUUAAAUAAUUACAUAUAAAGAAUAAGUGACCCUAAUCCGUGAACUUUUAAUAACAAACUCGAGUUAUUACUAAAUUAUGAGAGCAAAGAAAAGAUAUAUCAGAUAUAAUAUAUAAAAAUGCUAUUAAUAUUCAUAAAAUUAUAAUUUACAACUUCCAACAAAACAUAAAUUCAAUUUCAGUUUGCUAAGCAAUCAAAAAUUUCAAAGCCUCUCGUAUGUGGAAAGUAGAGUGCUCAGGACUUUCAAAAAGUUGGAAGUAAAUUAACAAAACCUGUUACGAAUUGAGAACACUUACAAAUGGCCACAAAACGUUUUUUAGUUUGUUUGCCAUAUAAAAAUAUCAAGAGACAUUCGAGCGUAUUUUCAUUUUUUACACAGUUUAUCUUCGAGAAGGCUUUUUAGCUAUAAUUCGCAAUUCAUAAAACAUUAUACAAAUAUCAACACACAAGUAAACAAUUAAUUUUGAUCAUUUACUAUUAUAUGUUCUUAUGUAUUAUUAAUGAAAAUAUUUAUUAUGUUAAGUUAUUUAUAAAAUAAAUUCCAAAUAUAUAAAAAAAUAACUUAUAUUAGAAAUUAAAAAUAAAACUAUACUCUUUCCUCUUAGUAGAAAUCUUCUAGAAGUUAAAUAUUAACAUAGUGUCCUAAGUUUGUGCUUAAUGUUGAUGUAUUUUUGUUGAUAAACGGCACGCCAAUAAUACCUAGUUAUUUUGAUAAUUAUUCUUGUUAAAGAUUAAAGUGUUUGUUAAGUACA